AUGGCGAGGUUCCUACGCCAAUCGGCGCAGCUCGCGCGAGCUGUCAGGAUCGCGCAGCAGCCGAUCACAAGAAUGCGGUUUCAACCGUCGAGAAUAGCACGACUCAGUCCACAAGCGCCACUGGCGGCGUACCGAUCGCGAUUCUACUCGACGAACAACAACAAGCCGCCGACCCCAGAAAACGACAAGAACCCGAAAGAGGAGGAGAAGAAGCAGCCAGAGGAGGAGCAAGAUCCGGCCAAACUUCGCGCGGCCAAGGAAGAGCAAAUACGGAAAGAAUGGCCCCUGCCCGAGAACUGGGUGUACCUCACUGAGGAGGAGCUCGGCAUGCUUCUUAAGAUGGCCGAGAACGACAGGCUGCCCCAAUUCCAGAAGGAGUUCUUCAUCAAGAGCGUGGAGGAGAUGAGGUUGUUGGGAGCUCCCAAGGAGAUGCAGGAGCUUCUUGGCUCUUUGAAGGAGCGCAAGUUGAAGUUGUCCGUAUCCGACAUCAGCAAGGUCCUCCGUGUCUCCACGCAAGUCGCCAAGCGAUUCUCUGACUACGAGGCGACGGUGAUGAUGCGUGAAGAUCAGGAAGCGCAGAAGAAGGGCCAGAAGGAGCAGCAGGAGGACCAGGAGGGCAAGCAGAAGGAUGAGCGCAACCAGAACCCCGAGUCUGGCGAGGGUGGCACUGGUGGAUCCGGUAGCAAGAAGUGGCUCUUCGGCAUGUUCAGCACCGGCGAUCUGAUUGUUGCCGCUAUCGUUUGGGCGGUGAUCCUGCCAUUCUUCGAGUCCUUGCUCUUCGGCUCCGAGAAGGAGAUCACCUGGCAGGAGCUGCGCAGAAACUUCCUGGACAAGGGACUCGUCAACAAGCUCGUCGUCAUCAAGAACCCCGGCCGUGUUCGUGUUGAGUUGAACCGCGAAGGUGUGCAGUCGGUUUACGGCGGCAACGAGGGUAUCAACCCCAACGUCCAGUACUACUUCUCGAUCGGCUCGGUCGAGAUGUUCGAGAAGCAGCUCGAGGAGGCCCAGAACGAACUCGGUAUCCCGACUGCGGAGCGUAUCCCGGUCAGCUACGCCAGCGAGGGUGGCAUUAUGCCUUUGGUUUACGCUUUUGGCCCAACACUGCUCCUGGUUGGUCUUCUGUACUACACUACGAAGCAAAUGGGUGGACGUGGAGGCAACCAGAUGUUCGGAUUCGGCAAGAGCAGGGCUAAGCGUUUCAACCACGAGACAGCCAUCAAAGUCAAGUUCAACGAUGUCGCUGGUAUGGACGAGGCCAAGACCGAGAUUAUGGAGUUCGUCAGCUUCCUCAAGACUCCUGAGCGCUUUGAGAGGUUAGGCGCUAAGAUUCCCCGUGGCGCCAUUCUUGCCGGACCCCCCGGUACUGGUAAGACGCUUCUUGCCAAGGCCACGGCUGGCGAGUCUGGUGUUCCUUUCUUCAGCGUCAGCGGUUCCGAGUUCGUUGAGAUGUUCGUCGGUGUGGGACCUUCCAGAGUGCGAGACCUGUUCGCAACUGCUCGUAAGAACGCGCCUUGCAUCAUCUUCAUUGACGAAAUCGACGCCAUUGGUCGGUCAAGACAGGAGGGCAACCGCAUGGGCGGCAAUGACGAGCGAGAGGCCACCCUCAACCAGAUUCUUACCGAGAUGGAUGGUUUCAAUACUCAGGAGCAGGUUGUCGUUCUUGCUGGCACCAACCGAGCCGACAUUCUCGACAAGGCUUUGAUGCGUCCUGGUCGUUUUGACAGGCACAUCUUCAUUGACCGCCCUACGAUGAAGGGCCGUCAGGACAUCUUCAAGGUCCACCUCGCCAAGGUCGUCACCAAGGAAGACAUGGAGCACCUGACUGGUCGCUUGGCAACGCUCACUCCUGGCUUUUCUGGUGCCGACAUUGCCAACGCCGUCAACGAGGCCGCUUUGAUUGCUGCCCGUGCCAAUGCCGAGUCAGUGGAGAUGAUUCACUUCGAACAGGCCAUUGAGCGUGUUGUCGGAGGACUCGAGCGCAAGUCUCUGGUCCUCAACCCCAAGGAGAAGCGCACAGUGGCUUACCACGAGGCUGGUCACGCUAUCUGCGGCUGGUACUUUGAGCAUGCCGAUCCUCUCCUGAAGGUUUCCAUUAUCCCUCGCGGACAGGGUGCGCUGGGUUACGCCCAGUACCUCCCGUCGGGAGAUGCCUACCUCAUGACGGUGCAGCAGCUGAUGGACCGCAUGGCCAUGACGCUGGGUGGACGCAUCUCUGAGGAGCUGCACUUCCCCACUGUCACGACGGGUGCCAGUGACGACUUCCGCAAGGUCACCCAGAUGGCGCGCAAGAUGGUCACCCAGUGGGGCAUGUCGGAGAAGGUCGGUCCUCUCCACUUUGACGACGACCCGAACACCCUGCAGAAGCCCUUCGCCGAGGCUACGGCGCAGGCCAUUGAUGCGGAGGUGCACAGAAUCGUGGAGGAGGCUUACAAGCAGUGCCGCGACCUGCUGACGGAGAAGAAGCACGAGGUUGGAAUCGUGGCGGAGGAGCUCCUGAAGAAGGAGAUGCUCACUCGCGACGACUUGGUCCGUCUUUUGGGUCCCAGACCGUUUGGCGAUCACCAGGAGUUUGAGAAGUACUUUGGCGGCCAGGGACAGAAGAGCGCGCCGCCACCAUUCCCCACGGAGGAGACGGACGGACCCCCGGAGCAGCCUCCUGUUCCUCCUACACCCACAUUCAAGGGUCUGGAGGACAGCUCGAGGAAAUAA